AUGCAAGCGUUUGGACUUCUUGGUCGCAUUACUGUAGCCAGUACGUCCAAGUCCAGAGCAGCCACCUCGCGCGUCUCCUCCAUCUCCCGCCACUUCUCCUCCACCCCAGCCAACAUGGUGCCCAUCUCCAAGGAGACCGACUACCUCGUCAUCGGCGGCGGCAGCGGCGGCCUCGCCUCGGCGCGCAUGGCCGCCGGCAAGUUCGGUGCCAAGGCCAUGAUCAUUGAGGGCAGCCGGCUGGGCGGCACCUGUGUCAACGUCGGCUGCGUGCCCAAGAAGGUGACCUUCAACGCCGCCGCCAUCGCCGAGGCGAUACACGACGCCAAGGCCUACGGCUUCUCGGUCGAGGAGAAGAAGCCCUUCGACUUCACCUCGUUCAAGCACAAGCGAGACGCCUACAUCAAGCGCCUCAACGGCAUCUACGAGCGGAACCUCACCAACGACAAGGUCGAGUACAUCCACGGCUGGGCCAAGGUCGUCGGCAAGAACGAGGUCGAGGUCACGGCCGACGACGGCACCAAGCAGACGGUCCGCGCCAAGAAGAUCCUGAUCGCCGUCGGCGGCAACCCCACCCCGCCGCCCGCCAACAUCCCCGGCGCCGAGCUGGGCACCAACAGCGACGGCUUCUUCGACAUCGACACCCUGCCCAAGAAGGUCGCCCUCAUCGGCGGCGGCUACAUCGCCGUCGAGUUCGCCGGCAUGUUCAACGCCCUCGGCACCGAGACCCACCUGUUCAUCCGCCACAAGACCUUCCUGCGCACCUUCGACCCCAUGAUCCAGGAGGGCGUCACCAACGAGUACGAGCGCCUGGGCGUCCACCUGCACAAGGACUCGGUCCAGACCAGGAUCGACAAGGCCGCCGACGGCAAGCUCACCAUCCACUACAAGGACGCCGGCGGCGAGGGCACGCUCGAGGGCGUCGACCACCUGAUCUGGGCCAUCGGCCGCACCCCGGCCACCAAGGACCUCGGCCUGGACAAGGCCGGCGUCGAGGUCGACCACAAGGGCCACGUCGUCGCCGACGACUACCAGAACACCAACGUCGACAACAUCUACGCCCUCGGCGACGUCUGCGGCAAGGCCGAGCUGACCCCCGUCGCCAUCGCCGCCGGCCGCCGCCUGGCCGAGCGCCUGUUCGGGCCCGAGCAGUUCCGCACCGCCCACCUCAACUACGACAACAUCCCGUCGGUCGUCUUCGCGCACCCGGAGGUGGGCUCGAUCGGGCUGACGGAGCCGCAGGCCGUCGAGCGCUUCGGCCGCGAGAACCUGACCGUCUACAGCACCAGCUUCACCGCCAUGUACUACGCCAUGAUGGAGCAGGAGGCCAAGGGCCCGACCAAGUACAAGCUGAUCUGCGCCGGGCCCGAGCAGAAGGUCGUCGGCCUGCACAUCAUGGGCCUCGGCUCGGGCGAGAUGCUGCAGGGCUUCGGCGUCGCCAUGAAGAUGGGCGCCACCAAGAAGGACUUUGACUCGUGCGUCGCCAUCCACCCGACCAGCGCCGAGGAGCUGGUCACGUUGAAAUAG